CUGCUGCUGCUGGUAUCCUAUACGAUCAGACCGGCUCAGUCUUGCUCGCAUUUUUGAAAGUACGAAUGAGUUUGCGGCUGGUCGAGAAGACCAAACACAAGCAAGCAGUGAGCCAAACUGAUGUAAUGUGAAUACAUUCUUAGUUGCAGACUCGAUACAAAGGCCCCGCGCCAAUGUCGAACGCCUUUCUGAACCUGAACCUGAACCGUACAAAUUUCUGCUGAAACUUUCGAUAGAGAUUCUGCGUGGGGAUAGGCGUGUCGAAGAAAAGAAGAUCCGAUACUCUGUGUACGAGAAUGUGCACCAGAAGACGGGAAUUGUCGAGUUUGCUGAAUGAGCAAUCUGCAUCUAUCCACGUCAUAUCAGGACGUCAGGAGAAGCUAGGGUUCUCCACUUUCCUGCUGGCUUCCCCUUGAUCUGCUCGCGACUUCAGGAGUCCCGCGGUAACUGACGACUCGGAGUCUUCUAGUAGAAGAGAAGACCAGGUUGCGGACUCUUGAUUUUAGUAAACUAUGCUAAGAGCUUGAUUGGAUUGGCGAAGCGGAGAUUCUCAUGAAGCUAUUCUUAAAUUUCUGAAACCCUGAAGAUAAAAAAUUCAGGGGAUAGUUCUACGAGAUCUCAAUCUCGAGGCCGACUUUGUGUUGUAGAUAUGUGGGUGGAACAGCAAAGCACGAGUUGAAGCUUCCAAGUCUCGGCUUUCAAGAUGAGCUACUCCUGCAUCGAGGUCGAAUGCAACAAGCACCCGCUUUUCGAACAUUGCAAACGAAUUCGACUUGAGGUGUUCGUGGGAGAGCAGGGGGUUGAUGCCGAUGCUGAAUUGGACGACAUUGAUGAUUAUGCUCAACACUUUCUGAUCACGUGGAGAGGAGACGAGGGAGGGAAAGCAGUGCCAGUUGCCACAAUGCGAAUUUUCCAUUACGAAGUACCUGAGCAGCCGGAGAAGCUGAUCUUGAAGGUUGGGCGAAUCGCAGUUAGUCAAUCUUUCAGAGCGCAAGGAAUCGGGCGUCGAUUGAUGGAUGCUGCUGAACAAUAUGCCAAAUCACAAGGCAGGAAAGACAAGAAGUCUGGAGCUUUUCUGUUCAUGCACUCGCAGUCAGACAAGCAAGGGUUUUACAAAAAAUGCGGAUACUGCGUGGUUCGAUCCGCAGCUCAACUAGAUGGUCUGAUCGAUGCAAGAACUCUCAGAGAACCAGAUGAGGCGGAAUUGAAGAGCCUCGAAUUUCUGGAAGACGGAAUUUUACAUGUUAAGAUGGCCAAGUUCGUGCCUUGCUAGAUCUCGAAGCUCACGUACAGACUUACAUUCGAUUGCAUUCUGAUGUCACCGUCACAGAGUUAGUGCUUAAAGAUGUCGAAGCAGACGCGAAGAGCUGUCGACGGAUUCAGGCCAGAGUGAACUUGGUGUGCCCGGUUGUUCAUUCUAAUCAAAAUAUUUUGUCACUUUUACUAAUAAAAAACUAAACAUCCAUAUGAGUUUUCAUUCAUAUUUCGUCAGUAAAGAG